CUAUAUAUACAACCUCCUCACUAUUCAAAUCAUAUCUCAUACACAUAAACGCACAAUUCAUUCUUCUUCUCAAAAAAAUCAUGAAUUUUCUCUCAUCUUUGGCUAAGAGCGCCGGAGCCGGCGAUGAGAAAAAAGCCGGCGGCGAGGAAUCUGGUUCCACAACAGAGCUUUUCGCCAGUGCUAAAGUGUUAGCAGAUGCCGCUCAAAGUCAAUUCAACAAAGAUUCCGGCAAAGUUGAUAACAAAAAAGUAGCUGAAGCAGCUGCCGAUGUCCUCGACGCUGCACAGAAAUAUGGAAAAUUAGACGAAACUCAAGGAAUUGGACAGUACGUUGAGAAAGCCGAAACUUAUCUCCACCAGUACGGUGGUGAUAAGGCUCCGGCCGCCGCUCCGGCUGCUGAAGAAUUUUUUUCCCCUUAA